AUGCUUGGCAGGUUUGACAUGCCGAGCUUGUUUAAGGAGGGUGAAAUAAUGAUCGGAGGCAUUUUUCCAGUUCUCAACAAAGAGAUUGGCAGCAUUUCAACAUUCCAGCAGGAGCCCCGUGGUGUGAACUGUGCCAUAUUUGAUCUGCGUGCUUUUCGAUGGACUCAAGUCAUGAUAUUUGCAAUUGAAGAAAUAAACCAAGAUUCUGCUCUCCUUCCAAAUAUAUCACUUGGCUAUCGGAUCCAGAACUCCUGUUCAUCGCCAACAAACACUUUACGUGCUGCACUAACCUUAGCAAGUACAGCAGAAAAGAUGAAAAACAAUUCUUUUUGUCCCCCAAAAAUAUCUGCUGUCAUUGCAGAGGCUGGAUCAACUCAGUCCUUAGCUGUGGCUGGGAUUCUAGGACCAUUUCUUGUGCCAGUAGUGAGUUACUUCUCUACGUGUGCCUGUCUGAGUAACAGGGACAAAUAUCCUUCUUUUUUCCGGACUAUCCCCAGUGACUACUUUCAGGCAAAAGCUCUGGCAGCUCUGAUCAGACAUUUCGGCUGGCAGUGGAUCGGUGCCAUACAGUCAGACAAUGAUUAUGGGCGGAACGGGAUUCUGGCUUUUACUGAAGAGGUUAAAAGGUUUGGGGUCUGUGUGGCUUUUGUUGGAACGGUUAAACGGACAUACGGCUUGGAUAAAAUUUUGAAAGUUGUGAAAAUGAUCAAAGAGUCAACUGUCAAAGUAAUUAUGGCUUUUACCCCAGAAGGCGACUUUUCCCCUUUAAUGAGAGAGGUGCUGAAACAGAAUAUCACAGGUAUUCAGUGGAUUGCGAGUGAGGCCUGGAUAACAGCACCACAGCCCUCUACUCCUGAAAUGUACCAAGCUUUUGGGGGAUCGCUUGGAUUUGUGGUGCAAAAGAUGGAAAUCCCAAAUUUAAAACCUUUUCUUACAGCUAUCAAUCCUUAUGCAAACCCAAAUGCAGCUUUUGUCAAAGAUUUCUGGGAGAUUAUGGUCGGCUGCAGACCAGUUUCACCUGGGAUGGACACAGACACUGACACUGAGGCAUCAAGUAAAAUAUGUAAUGGAAAUGAGACCUUGGCGAAUUCCCAGGAUGUGUUCUUUGAUGUGACACAGCUCAGAGUGUCCUACAAUGUCUAUAAAGGUGUUUAUGCUGUUGCACGUGCCCUCCAUCAGCUGAUAUUCUGCAAGUCAGACGGUGAAAGCAACAUGCAACCGUGUUUGAAUAUUUCAGAUAUUCACCCGAAACAGGUCACUGAUCAACUCCAAAAAGUGAAUUUCAGGAAUCAGUUUGGGGAUGAUGUCUUUUUUGAUGAGAAUGGAGACCCCCCUGCUUCAUAUGACCUGAUCAACUGGCAGCUGAUAAAUGGACAGGUGCAACAUGUGACCCUGGGCCAUUUUUCUUCUUCAGUGAAUGGUGACCACAAACUCAGCAUCAAGGAGGAUGAAAUAGUGUGGAGGACCGGAAAAAUGGUACCCACUGCUCUCUGCUCUGAUAUUUGUCCAGUAGGAACCAGAAAAGCUCAAAUUAAGGGAAAACCCACUUGUUGUUUUGACUGUAUACCAUGUGCUGAUGGAACUAUAGCCAACACAACAGGUGCCUCAGACUGCACACCCUGUCCACAGGAGUACUGGUCUAAUGAGAGGAAAAAUGAGUGUGUUCCUAAAACUAUUGAGUUCCUGACAUAUCAUGAACCUCUGGGAAUAGCUAUCACAGUAGUGUCCCUGCUUGGGGCCCUGCUGUCACUCGCCACAACUGUGCUCUUUAUCCACUACAGGGAAACUCCCAUCAUAAAGGCCAGCAACACAGAGCUCAGCUGUUUCUUGCUGUUCUCUCUCUUUCUGUGUUUCCUGUGUCCGCUCACUUUCAUUGGCAGACCGACAGUUCUGACCUGUAUGCUGCGCCACACGGCUUUUGGUGUGACUUUUGCAUUUUGUAACUCUUGUGUUUUGGGGAAAACUAUUGUUGUUGUCACAGCAUUUAAAGCCAGUGUUCCUGGAAGCAAAUUAGCAGGAAAGUUUGGUCCCGCUCAGCAACGGAUCAUCGUGUGUUCCUGCACUUUGAUCCAAAUACUGAUAUGUGUUCUGUGGCUGAAGUUAAACCCACCCUUUCCUGAUAUGGUUUUCAGGUACAGUAACAAGAAGAUCGUUUUAGAAUGUAACCCGGGCUCCGAGGCUGCUUUCUACUCAGUUUUGGGCUACAUAGGAAUCCUUGCUAUCAUCUGCUUGGCUCUGGCUUUUCUCGCAAGAAAGUUACCCGACAACUUUAAUGAAGCCAAAUUCAUCACAUUCAGUAUGCUGAUAUUCUGUGCUGUGUGGAUCACCUUCAUCCCUGCGUAUAUCAGCUCUCCUGGGAAGUUCACUGUCGCAGUGGAAACAUUUGCGAUUUUGUCUUCAGCAUUUGGAUUAUUCGUCAGCAUCUUUGCACCUAAAUGUUACAUCAUAUUGUGGAAGCCAGAGAAAAAUACAAAGAAACAUGUCAUGGGAAAAGUUUAG